UGGUGAGGAGGGUUUCAAAGUCUUAGUGGUGAUUUGGUGACUGUUGUUGUCCCCCCCUCAACGUGUCGGGUCUCUGUCCACCGUUAUUUGGAGCUGGUGUCGGCUUUGGUGCCCUCGGACACCGCGUGUUUGGCCAGCUCCCCGGGGAGCAGCAGGCGCACAGCGGUCUGGAUCUCCCUGGAGGUGAUGGUGGAGCGCUUGUUGUCGUGCGCCAGGCGCGAAGCUUCCCCGGCGGUGCGCUCGAAGAUGUCGUUGUCAAACGAGUUCAUGAUGCCCAUGGCCGUGGAGGAGAUCCUCGUGUCCGGGUGCAGCUGCUUCAGCACCUUGUACACGGAGAUGGCGUAGCUUUCUUUCCUGUUCUUGCGACGCCUUUUGUCUCCUUUCUACUGAGUUUUGGUCUGAAUCAGCGGUGAAGGAUCGGCUCCAGUCACCGACCCGGAGUCAGCCCCGUAUUUAUAACGUGGCUGUGGAAAUGUGAGUUCCUCCUGUGCGAUUGGAACGUCUUUCGGCAGAGGACCGUCGGUACCACUCGGCGCGCUGCGCCAUUGGCUCGCGCGUUUCAGAUUCACUCGGCCAAUCGGAGAAGCCUCUGCGGUCUGUAUCCUCUCAAAAGCAUUACGUAAAAGUCUCAACUCUCCCACUCACCGGUUCACGGCGUGUCCGCCUGAUCAAUAACUGUCUAUAACGAUGUCUGGCAGAGGGAAAACCGGAGGCAAAGCCCGAGCGAAGGCCAAGUCCCGCUCCUCCCGGGCCGGACUCCAGUUCCCGGUGGGCCGAGUCCACAGGCUUCUGCGGAAGGGCAACUAUGCGGAGCGCGUCGGCGCCGGAGCUCCAGUGUAUCUGGCGGCCGUGCUGGAGUAUCUGACCGCUGAGAUCCUGGAGCUGGCAGGCAACGCGGCCAGGGACAACAAGAAGACUAGGAUCAUCCCCAGGCACCUCCAGCUGGCCGUGCGCAAUGACGAGGAGCUCAACAAGCUGCUGGGAGGUGUGACCAUCGCUCAGGGGGGAGUGCUGCCCAACAUCCAGUCGGUCCUCCUCCCUAAGAAGACGGAGAAACCGGCCAAGAGCAAGUAAAAGACUCGAGCCGGGACGAAGGGC